AUGGAGGCCCUUGACGUUCACAGCAAGUCGUUUGUUGUGCGUUGGCUACGUGUGAAACAGAACGAUACGGUGUUCUACCAAUUGAAGCCUCUCAAGCGGUCAGUGGGUAUUGGUAUCUACAAACGUCAAACCACGAUCAACGACGACACUAUAAACAAGAGCACUCGGGGAUCAGAGCGACAAACCAAUGAGAAUGGAGCAAUGGAAGGUACAAGUAAGACUGGUGGGAGUAUUCACAUUGCGCCUGAUACACGGACUUUGAUCGAUUAUGCCUUAAAUCGGAGUUCAUCGUCGGUGGACACAGAUCAGAACAAUAGACGUCGUUCCAAGUCAAUUGCUGCGGUACAGCACAUUUCUCAGGAUAUCCCAUUGGACACGAAACUGGCCGAUCAAGGUUUUACUCUAGUGAAACGAUUGGGUGUUGUUCCAGGGAACGAGCUCGUAGAGGGGUCGUUACAGGCCAGGGAAGACGGUUACUAUGCGUUUAUCAUCGACAACACGGCGUCCAAAACUGUUAAAAAAAAGAUCUUGUUGAGUGUCGCUGUUAAAGGGCAGGAAGUGCCCCAUCAAUUGCACCGUUCGAGUUCACAGCUUACACGUGUGAAACAAGGUCGAAUUUUGCAAGGGUAUGUGCUUAAAAAACGACGCAAACGUCUACAGGGCUUCACCAAGCGGUUUUUCAAGCUGGAUUUCAAGUAUAAGACGCUGUCUUACUAUUUGAAUGAGCAUAACAACGUUUGCAGGGGUGAAGUCGUGAUACCGCUUGCGACGGUGAGUGCCAAUCGUAUGACCCGAUUGAUUAUAAUUGAUUCGGGUGUGGAAAUUUGGGUCUUGAAGGCCAAGGAUGAAGCGGCAUGGCAAGAAUGGAUUGCUGCUUUAGAAGAAUGCUAUUCUAAAGAGCACAAUUAUUAUACCAGGCAGCCGAAAGAUUCCAAAGUUGUACCGGAAACCCUUCCUGUUUCGAAAGGAUUGGAUGCCAUCUGCAAGAAACUCGAAGAUUGCAAAACGAUGUCUCUCGCAUAUUUCCCUCCCACUACCGAGCUUCGAAGUCGUUCUGCUCUGAAUAACUCAGGCUCUCACAGCCCAUUGUCACGGACUUCGUCGUUCUCGUCUCUAUCUAACAUUUUCGCGAAAAACAAGAACGGGUCCCAAGAGAUUUUAACCAAGACGGCACCCGAUUCCCCCCAAUUAGCCAAUUUGGAACUAUCUUCUCCACCACAAGAGCAUGAAUUGUACAAAAAUUUGAAGGAACUCGAAGAUUUGUUCCAUAUUUGGAUUUCGAAAGGCAAAACUGUUGUUAAAGAUCGUGGUUCCAAAGCACCAUCCAUUUUGAGUGAGAAUGAAUACUACGAUGCCGAGGAUGAUAACAUUGAAAAGGAUGCUCAGGAGGGCGUCAUUAUGUUGAACGACGAAGAAGGUGUUCAUGCCCUCCUAUUAUCCGAAAGCUCGCAUCCGAAUAAAAACGAGGAAGCUUUCGACGACGAAUCAUCGAAAUUUGAAAUCGAAGCCGUUCAAACUACUCCUGGUUUGGAAACAGGAGGCGACCUGUAUCCUUUGCCUUGGAAUCAUAAAGAAAAGCGUCGGAAUGACAUUCCCCCUGCCUCGGUUCCACCGCCAAGUUUGUUUUCUUUCUUGAGGAAAAAUGUUGGCAAAGAUUUGUCGUCAAUAUCAAUGCCGAUCACGUCAAAUGAGCCUGUUUCAAUUCUGCAAAUGCUGACAGAGACUUUCGAGUACUCUGAAUUAUUGACCGCUGCUGCGUCUGCUUCGACUGAUUCCGAGCGUCUCGCCUUAGUCGCCGCUUUCUCCUGUUCUUACUUGUCGGUACAUCGGCACAAAGUUCGUGCAAUGCGUAAACCUUUUAAUCCACUACUGGGAGAAACGUUCGAACUUGUGCGUGAGGAUAAAGGCAUUCGUCUGGUUGCCGAAAAGGUUUCUCAUAAACCUCAGAUAUUUGCGUUUCACGUCGAACACGCCCUGUGGCAACUCAGCUAUACGGUUUCUCCCGUACAGAAAUUCUGGGGUAAAUCAAUCGAAUUUAUCAAUGAAGGUAAAUUGAAAUAUUCAGUCAAGUCAAGUGGGGAAGGUUUCGUGUGGUCGCAACCGACUACCAUCCUGAAAAACAUUCUUGCCGGCGAAAGAUAUAUUGAGCCCACAAAUCAUAUUGAGGUUGUCUCUUCUUUGGGCCUUAAGGCGAAGGUUGCAUUUAUCGCUGGUGGUAUGUUCGGUGGACGCUCCGAAGAAGUUUGCAUCACUUUGUUAAAUGGAUCAAAAGUUUUAAACACUCUCAAAGGACAUUGGACAAAAAGUCUCAAUGACACUGCGACGGGCCAAAAAAUAUGGGAAGUAGGCGAAUUGGUCCCUGACCCGGCAAAAAAAUACGGAUUUACUGUUUUCACCGCCAAUCUGAAUGACAUUACGGGCAUCGAAAAAGACCGACUGCCUCCAACGGAUUCAAGAUUACGUCCCGACUUGCGUCUUUACGAAAACGGUGAGGUAGAUAAAGCUGAGCAACUAAAACUCGAACUAGAGCAAGCGCAACGUACCAGACGUCUAAAUAGCCAAGAUGUCGAGCCCUUAUAUUUCCGGCAAUCUGGUGACGGUUGGAAGAUAAUAGAAGGCGAUAACAAUUACUGGGCUAAGCGGAAGAAAGAAGAUUGGAGUCAAGUAAGACCUCUUUGGUAA